UUGUUGACGCCUGCGGCUGCUGCGGUGGCGACGGGGCCGCUGGGGAGGGGCUAGUGGGGGAGGGAGACAGCGCAGUGACAGAACCUCCGAGGGUGCUGCUGAGGCGACGAUGGCAGAGGGGCCGGAGGAAACCCGAGGCCGCCCCCCCGGGCAGGACGACGGCGGAGGGGACCACGAGCCUGUCCCUUCCCUGAGAGGCCUUCCUGCCGCCGCCGCCCCACGCCCCCGGGACGAGCCGCAGGCCGAAUCCCCGGCCGCUGAGGAGGGAGGAUCUGCGGCCGUUUCGCGAGCCCCGAGCGAGACCGGGCGGCAGGCAGGCAGAGAGUAUGUUAUACCAUCGUUGGCCCACAGAUUUAUGGCAGAGAUGGUGGAUUUCUUUAUUCUCUUCUUUAUAAAAGCAACCAUUGUCUUAACGAUUAUGCACCUCAGUGGAAUAAAGGAUAUCUCUAAGUUUGCUAUGCAUUAUAUAAUAGAAGAAAUAGAUGAAGACACAUCAAUGGAAGACUUGCAGAAAAUGAUGGUUGUGGCUCUUAUAUACAGAUUAUUAGUUUGUUUCUAUGAGAUAAUUUGCAUUUGGGGAGCAGGUGGAGCUACCCCAGGGAAGUUCCUGCUAGGGCUUCGAGUGGUGACAUGUGACACAUCAGUGCUUAUCGCACCAAGUCGUGUUUUAGUGAUUCCGUCCUCAAAUGUUAGCAUUACAACGUCCACUAUACGAGCUUUGAUCAAGAAUUUUUCUAUUGCUUCUUUUUUCCCUGCUUUCAUCACACUGCUGUUUUUUCAGCAUAAUCGAACAGCCUAUGACAUUGUAGCAGGAACCAUUGUAGUAAAAAGAAAUGGGGUUAGAUGAUGCCCAAAAAAGCCCUGAAUUCCAAGCUCUCUGGAGUAAUGCAAGACUAAAUUACAAUGUAUCAAGGCCAUCAGUCUCCCUGGGUUACAUUAAUUGAUGAUUUAGAAAUUAAAGCAGUCACUCCAGUGUGAUGCAGGUGACUAUGCUGAAAGUAUUGCUUUUACUGGAAUGCCAAAGAACUUUCCCAGAAGAAAAACCUGUUAAAUACAAGUGUUAAAAUUUUUAGAUCCAAAAGAAGGCAAGUGGUGUCAUAAUCAACGACAGUAUGUGCUUUUUUAACAUCUGAGGUGUUAGAAUUUGCUGAAAGCAUUUUCAGCUUUGAAAUUCCCAAAUGAGACUUUUAAAAUUUAUUUUGGUUUAUCCCAGAAUGAUGGAAAAAUGUCCAGUUGUGUUUUGUAAACACAUUCAUCUUUUAGUUACCACCACUUGGGGAAAUUUUUGUCUUUGCUCUUGGGUGGGGAGGGAGUGGGGACACAAAUUGGAUAAUCCAUUUAGCUCCCAUCCCGGGAGGUGCUGAGUUAGCGGUAGGAGAAAUGGAAAAGUAAGGCCGGCUUAGCAGUGCCCUAACCUGAAAUUUUAAAAUCUGUACUGCAGUUUACUGCGGGAAUGAUGUAAUUUCACAACUAUUAAGUAUUUUGGGGGGCAAGGUUUGCAUGAUGAUGAAAAAAGUAUUAAGUCAUAUUGUGCUAUAUUAAUUAUUGAUUUUUUUUUUAAAGAAAAGGUUAAGUUAGUGAUUACUUUCAAUGGGGUGUGGGGUGGUGAGUAAAUUUUCUCUGUAAAUUUAAAUUCAUGUGCAAGUGUUUUCAAGUGCCCUGAGUCAUCAAACUAUAAAUAUGUGGGGGGAAAUUAACUUCCAUCAAACUGUUGCAUAUUUACUGUAAAACUAUUCCCAGUAUGUACGCAGCAUGAAGAAAGUAUUAGUGCUUCUCAGUGUUCUGAAUAUAACUUCUCUUUAUAUACAGGAUAUUCACAUACUAGUUAGUUUCCUUUUCUUACAUUGUUCCAUAACUCUGAAACAUAAAGGAUUAAAUAAUCUUAGUAUUUCAUGAUUAAAUAAAUAUUAGGAGUUUGUGAAAUACUAGCAGUUUUCGCACUAUGGACUGACUAUUCUCUGUGACAAGGAAGAGCAGCGUUUCCAAACAUUAUUCUAAGUUCUUUGGUUCUUUGGGCCAAUGGCUCAUUUGGGGCCUGCCAGGGAUGACGUUUAGAGAAGGAAAUGUUAAGUAACACUUUGUCUAUUAUUAUUUUAAUUUAUUAUUCUGUUGCAAAUUGGUAAUGUGUGUGAGUGCUUUUGUUGCCGGCCCAGUUUAGCAGUGCUGAGAUAGAUCUGACUAGAACUUGUUUCUUAAGCAUCUUCUGCUUCUGAUAGUAUUUUCUAAAAAAAAAAACAAAACAAAAACAAAAACCCACUAAACUAUAAUUGGACAGUUCAUAACUAGGUUGCUUACAGGAUCAAUCUAGGCUUUAUUUUGGUCCUAAUAGCAAAUACAUUUGCUAUUACUGUAUUAAUUUUUAAAGUGGGUUUUUUUUGACAUUUAAAACUGAAAAUAUUCAUAUUUGUUUAUAGAAACCUUAACAGUGUCCUUAAUACCUUUUUUUAUUAUGAAACUUCAUAAGCCAUGUUUUUCAAAAUAAUUUUAUAUUAAAUCCAACGUCACAGACAGCCUGUUAGAUAAAUGUGUCAAAAUGUUAAACAGAUGAUUCAUUUGUAGCCUCUGGGAAGAUAAAAAGUGUCAUACUGCCGUUCACGGUAAACAGACCAAAACAACCCAUUUUUAAAGUUAGACUAGAAAUUAGGAAGUGUUAUACACGUUAGCAUCAGCGUAUAUACCCCUUUGCCCUCAUUGGGAACUUAAGUUGAAAUGUGCCCUUUUGCCGUGCAGUUCUGGAAUACAUCCUUAAUGUAUAAUUUUCUCUCAGGUCAUAUGGAUGGUUCAGCACCUAGGUUAUUUUUAUUUGUAUAGUAAACCAAAAGCAAAUAAUGUAGUCCAGUCUGUUUUAUACUUUAAAACAUUGCACAUUUGCUAUACACAGCGAUUCAUAUUAGCACCUACAUAGGUGCAUUUAGCUCAAGUUCAGGAUUCAGGUUAGACCGUUGAGCCCUGUCAAAUAAGAAGUAUUAUAUACUUUGCCUUUACAACAAAAUCCAGGUCUGUUUCUGCACUUCGGGAGAUUUUUGAUUCCCAGAUUGUAGGGGGAAGAAGGGCUUGAGGAGAGUGGAGCCUAUUUUUCAGUAUUUUGCGUAUUUCAUUUAUAGAAAUGCUGACUUUUCUGUGUCAACACAGAAUUCUCAUACUGAUGCUUUAUAGCCUCAAAAGGCAAAAAGAAAGUUGUCUUCAUAGUAUAAAUAUUAUUCAUCACUUUUACAAAAUAAGGGAACAAAAAUUAGGACUCAUGCUAAGAACACAGCUUGAAUAUAGUGAAUAGGCCACACAUGAAACCACGGAACAGGCAGUUCAUUUAGGCAUCUAGAAAAUCUACGCAUUACUAAAAGUAGCCUGAGUGGCUUGUGCACGUUGAGAAAAGUCUGACACACUGAGUGCAUCCUGGGCCUCGGUAGGUGAGUUUGAGACAUGGCAAGCAGGCCAUGCUUUUAACCUUAUCUGUGACCAGAGAGAGCCAACACUUCCGACAGUCAUGGCACUGGUUCAGAAGUUACUUCUUCCCACCAGAACAUUCACCUUCCAGUUUCACCCAAAUACUUAGGAUUAAAAAAACAUAUUUGAGGGCUACUUUGUCUAAAUUUAUAAAAAUGAGUUGUUUCAAAUGACAGUAAAAACUGUUUUAGCUCUAAAAGAAGGAUUUGUUCCCUUAAGUGACUUGAGUGUUUCACUUACGCAUAAAUACUUCCAGUAAAAGGAAGGUACAAAGGAGGUGAAAGUUAAUUUAAACCACUUGCUACUUGAAUAAAAGGACAUUUUAAGGAGUAUGGGGAGUAUUAAAUAUUUUCAUUCUACACUCAUCCCUAUGAAAACAGUACUGUUUCUUUCAAAAAAUAUGCCUGAAUAAAUAGCAGUAUUCCUAAAAUCUGACAAGUAUUUCAGUUACUUGCAAUUUCCCACCCUCCAUAACCAAAGGCCAAAAUCUUUGCAGUAUGUACUUGCCUGGGUGAAAUUCCUCAUCUCAAACUGUUUAUUUCCUUGCAGUUCUUUACAGUAGGGCUUGAGCCAUAAACAGUAUCUGAUGGCCUGCCUAUAAAUAAAGUUCAACAUUCUAUUUUUAGUAAUUUGUAUGCCACCAAUUUGUAUUGUCUCAAUAAAUACCUGGUCUCCAA